UAUUGUUAGUUGCAGCCUUGCAGGCAGCAAAGCACCGGGACCAGGACGCCGGCCGCUUCCCGGGUUAUAAAAGUCAACAGCCUCCGCCCACCACCCUGUCGGCUAAGCAAGCUAAAGGUAACCCCCCCCAAACCUCACCGCCGAUCCCACCGCCCGGCGCCGCGUUCUAUGGCCUACACCUCCUCCCUCAACCUCCCAAAGCACCUCCUCCUCCCCAGCCCCCGCCGGACAAGGCACAGGCCUUCCUCCUUCGUCCCCACCGCCGCGGCCAAGGUCAACGGUGACGCGCCCGAGAGGCCGGCGCCCAACGGCAAGGCACGCAUCAACGGCCAGGGCAAGAAGGGAGUGAACGGGCAUGCGGACCGGAUCCACCUCUCGGUGAGCACGGGCGGCGGAGGCCAGGACGGCUCCGGCCUGCGCGUGGCGUUCCAGGGCGCGCCGGGCGCCUACAGCGAGUUCGCGGCCAAGACGGCGCUGCCCGGCUGCGACACGGUCCCGUGCCGCGCCUUCGCGGACGCGCUGGCUGCCGUGGAGCGCGGCGGCGCCGACCGCGCCAUCCUCCCCGUGGAGUCCACCAUGGAGGGGACGGCGCUGCGCAACUACGACCUGCUCCUGCGGCACGGCCUGGUGGUGGUGCAGGAGAUCAACCUGUUCGUGCACUACUGCCUGCUGGCCAUGCCCGGGGUGCGCGCCGCCGAGGUGCGGCGGGUGAUCAGCCACCCCAUGGCGCUGGCGCACUGCGGGCGCGCGCUGGCCCGCCUCGGGGUGGACCGCGAGCCCGUGGAGGACACGGCGGGCGCCGUGGAGAUGCUGCGGUCCAAGCGGAUGCUGGACACAGCCGCCAUCGCCAGCCCGCGCGCCGCCGACCUGUACGGGCUCCAGGUCCUCGCGCACGGGCUCCAGGACGAGUCCUGGAACGUGACGCGAUUCCUGCUCCUCUCCAGGCCGCCGUCGCCUGUGGCCGUGGCGCUGGGCGUGGACGCCGACGCCAAGACCAGCAUGGUGGUCGCGCACCGGGGCGGCUCCAUGGUGGUCGUGCUCAAGGUGCUCUCCGCCUUCUCCUCCCGCAACAUCAACCUCACCAAGCUGGAGGUCAUCAACAACGAAGGCGCUGGAUCCGGACCAGGCGAGCGGCCGCCGGUGGUGAUACUGGACACGAGCGCCCGGGGCGCACCCACGCUGCGCGCCUUCCCGCACGUCCUCUACGUGGACUGCGAGGGCGCCGCGCACGACCCGCGCGUCCGCGAGGCCAUCCAGGAGAUGGAGAGGUUCGCCGUCUUCGUGCGCGUGCUUGGAUGCUACGCCGCCGACUCCACCGUCUACGAUCUGCAGUGAGCUCUCAGAUAUGAUCUAGCUACUACUUACUAUUCAGAAGAGAAAGCAGCGCGUAAUUUCUGUACAGAUGCAAUAAGAAGAAUCUUCCUUCCUAUAAUUAUUUGCCAACAAGGUCUGCUUUUUA